AGGACCGGAUAUGCAUAUGACACUAAUAUAUAAUUAAAUAAAUUUUUCGAGUAUUAUGAGUUUUAUUAAUUCUACUUUAUAUCAGCCCUUUAUAAGACCUCUAUAAGAAAGYAUAUCGAAAAGAUGCGCCAAAAUUGAUAAAAACAGAAGCAAAUUUUCAUUCCGUGAGACUUAAGAUCAAUACAUUUAUUUGAAUUAUGCAUUAUUUGCAGUACAUGAGAAAACUUAAGUAUUUUAUUGUAAAAAAAGGAUUUUAUUGUAUGUAUUAAAUCAUUUACAUUCAAAUGCGUAAACAAUCUUAAGUCAUGUAUUAACGUUUAUUGAUUGAAGGUAUUAAGUUAUCUUGGUUGUCUUCAAUAUUAAAUCUAGUGGCCAGUGAUCCAAUCAUUUAAUUAUGCAUUGUGAUUGUUUUGACGCAUCCACACCUCAUGCUGAAAAAUGUAUUGUCUUGAUAUAAUGUCAACAAUAUAGAGCUUGCUUGUCGGAAUUUACACGCAUUUGGUUUGAACAGUUGCGAGCUACUUGAGUCUUUAUUUUAACAUUUGCUAAGUUACUACGAACUGAUUUCAAAAUGUCUAAAAACCUUUCAAAAUUGCAAGAAAAAGGAAAAGAUUAUGGCGCGGAUGCUAAGGUUUUAGAGAAACUCGAUGCGAUCAAAGGCGAAUGGGACAAUCAAUCAAAAAACCAAAAAAUUCAACAAGCUGGCAAAGUGGUUGAAACUGCAAUUAAUGCUCUCGAUGAUUUGCAGAGCAAUAACCCUGUUGAUGUCAUUAAAGGAAGUCUUGAUAUUGUAGGCUCUAUCGUCGCRUUGGUUGGUGGACCAUACGGAGCUGCUGCAGGCGCCGUGUGUGGUGUUCUCGGGGCCAUCUUGUCAGCAAAUACACCCAAGAAACCAAAUAUGGCAACAGUGUUUGCAGAUAAAGUACGAGCUGAGCUUGCAAGGGUCAAACAAGAUGAUCGYCUGGACAGGUUUGAAGGGCUGAAGGCGAACAUGAAAGCAAUGUUUGGCAAUYUAAACGUUUUGAAAACAUCGAUGCCAGGUGAAGCGGAAAAUCACAACCCGCUUCCAAACCCAGCUCUUUGGCAACGUGAUUUCGGGAACUUCAUUGGAGAGAUCUCAAGAGAUUUCACCAAAGAUGUAAGCUGUAAUGAUAAGGAGAGUUUGAAUGCAUGUGUGAACGCCAUGGUGAUGUAUUGUAACGCGCAGACGUCUUUUAUGCUGCUACUGGGGAGCAUUAUAGCAACAUUCAAAGCUACAGGUCAUAAUAUAUCAUAUGUACAAGAACAGUUGAAACUACAAAAAGAUGAUGCCAAGGAGAAACUAGGAUUCUUGUCGGAUAAAAAGUACCUCGCUCCUGGAGGGCUGCUUCCACUAGAAGGGGGAGCAGGUGGAAACGGAGGAAAGAUGCUCAAAAUUUUCAAACUUCGAAGUAACAUCAAGUCGUUUGCCAUUGUCAAUGAGUUUUGUAAAAAGAACAAAAUGAAAGAAAUGCCAACGAAUGCCUUUGUCGAACAAAAAGUAGACGAAGCCACAAAAUUCAAGCUUGAGAUGAUAUGGGAUACAAAGCUCUACCCCCAUCCUGAAAAAAAGCMAAACAAUCAUUACUUUCAGUUGAUCAAUCACACAAGUUUGCCCAUCAACGUGUUCUGUGGCACCGCAGGUGACGAUAYUAAUGGCCUGAAAUUCGAGAGGGAAAUCCAGUCCUUUUCCUCCUAUGAACACCGCGCUAGCACCAAGUCUUCCAAUUUCUUCUCAGCUGGAGGGUGUUUUGUUAUCUAUUUCGAUAAAGUGGGCUCUUUAAAGUUCCCCUUUGUUUGCGGAGGCGAACAAGACUUCAGAGUUUUCGAGUUCGCUCUUGAAAACCCAAGGAUGGGCUUCAGGAAACUGGCAUUYAUGGAGAAAACUAAUACGGCUAGUCUGAGGAAAAAUGAGCUGGUUAAAGUUUCUGGCCAAGAUUGUUGGGACAAGAUGACCGCUGAUAUUCCACCUCGCCUGUAUUUUGCUCAUGGCAAGAAACACUUCGUCUUAGAAGGACAUUACACAGAGUCUCCGCACUUUUUUCCAGUAGUUGAAGUCUCCGUUAAGGACGUGGACAAUAAUCCAUUGGUUGAUUUAACCAAUAAGGCAUUUAGAUUUAUAUCUAAGGCGGUGGCUUACCAUCCAUAUGUCCAACUCCUGCCUAAAGAAUGGGGCCCAGCAGAAGGAUACACUGAUUCAAAUUUCAGUCGUACCUGGACCUUUCUUGUCCAAGAGAUUGAAUCCCAUCUCAUUCCGCCCAAGUGAAUGACAUUGAAUAUACUGCACAGGCCUGUGUUUUACUCAUCAUUAUGCACCUUAAAUGCACGUGUUUAUUUGACCAAUUAGCUUAUUUGACAGGCUAGAAUUGUUGGAUCGAAUCGAUUACUUGUAUCUCUUUUUUUGAUUUUUGAGAUAAGAAUCCUGAAGUCUCACUAGUGUUCGCAAGCCUAUGACGUAGUUCCAUACUCGAUACACGACGAUAGUACCCCAUUUUGAGCGAGAUAAUUCAAAAAGGCUGAYGAAAAAAAUUCCCAAAAAGCUUUGUCAGAUAGAUUUUGAAUCAGAUACAGAGUAAUUUGCACUGAAGUUACAUGAAAAUGUUUUUUUCUUUCUUUUUUUUGCUGUUGCACUCCUAGCAAGUAAUUAAGUGUCCAAGUGUACAAGUCUAUUUGAGAAUUGAUGCACUUGAGCAUCCAAUAAGUUUGCGACAUAAUUCGAAAUGCCAUUUAAAUUAGUUGUCAUUUUAUGUCGACAGCCUCACAAGACAAGGGGCCUAUAUAUAUGAGAUAUGAAAAAAAUCAUGUUGGCUUAUUACGGACACCCCGAUAUUACAAACUAUAUAUAUAAAAUAAAAUUGCACUUAAAGACU